AUGCGUUUCUUCCACGUCCUCCCUUUGCUUCUGGCUCCCUUGGCCCUGGCUGCCCCCGAGCCUAGACCUAAUCCUGUCGCUGCACCGGCACCGGCCGCGACGGGUGGGCUACUGGAGGAAUUGCCCGAUAUCUUGGGCGGCGUCCAGGGUCUCUUGACCAAGGAUAAUAUCAACAAGUUGGACACCAUUCUCGAUGGCGCGGCCAAGCUGCUGAAGUCCGAUAAUAUCGAUAUCUUGCAGGAUAUCCUGAACAACGCCCAUUCCUUGUUGACCAAGAGCUUUGUCGAUAACACGACUACUCUCAUCGGGGAUGCGACGCCGCUGGUGGAGGACGUCUCCAAGCUUCUGGGUGGAAUUUUGGGAUCAUUGUGA